GGGUGCUCAGUGCACGCAGUAUUCAGUGUGCGGGGUGUGGAGAUGUUUGGCUAUUCAGGUUCAGGGUUCUCUCUCUCUCUCCCUCUCUCUCUCUCUCUCUCUCAGUGUUUGCAGAGACACAAAGGAGCAGCAGCGAGAGGCGAGGAGCAGUGCCUCAGCACGUCGUUGGCACCUGGUUGCUGUGGAGGCAGACGGGAGGGUUGACCGGACCCUGAACACACGAGAGGUGCCUGGAAUGUGAGCACGGAGUGAGUGCUGGCGAGUGAGCAGGAAGGUGCAGACUAUGGCGAGCUCGGCACUGGGGCAUGAGGCCUCGCUACCUCCCUCCGACAGACAGGAACCAGAACAGGAGGAUCCCCGGGCGUCAGCGCAGGGACAGCAGAAAGAAGUUCCACUCCUCAGCAGGGAGGCAAAUCCAGUUGCCCUGGAACAGGACAGACCUGACCUUCCCGGGGACGGAGACUCCAGCUCUGACUAUGUGAACAGCACGUCUGAGGAGGAAGACUACGACGAAGGUCUGCCCGAGGAAGAGGAAGGUGUGACCUAUUACAUAAGGUACUGUCCAGAAGAGGACAGUUAUUUAGAAGACAUCGAGUGUGCAGGAGGGGGCUAUGGACAUGGGGCGCUCCACUCAAUGCAGACUGAUCAUUGUCAGGAGGCCACGGAAGAGUCCUGGGAUGAAUCUAACAGACUCGGUGCUGUGACUGGUGGAGGGAGCACACAGUGUCUCUGUGAUGAGGAUCAGACGGAUCUUGAGCUCAGUAACUCGAGCACUGAGCCAACGCAAAGCGGCGAUAACGAGACAUGCAGCACCGAACGGAAUUGUCAGGUCAGUCGCACAGCAGGGCUCGCUGAGUGCCCAGUGUCCACAGCCCAGGAGGCGGAGGUGGAACCAGAUGUGGAGGAAGAACCGGAUUUGGAGGCGGAACCUGAUGCAGAGAUGGAACCAGAUGUAAAGGUGGAACCCAAUAGGGAGGCAGAACCAGAUGCAGAGGUGGGACCAGAUGUUAAGGUGGAACUGGAUGUGGAGGUGGGACCACAUGUGGAGGUGGAACCGGAUGCAGAGAUGGAACCCAAUGUGAAGGUGGAGCCUGAAGUAGAGCUGGAGGUGGAGGAUCAGGAAGAGGACAUUGAUCAGAUAGUGAGUGAGAUACAGAUGAGUAUGAGUAUCAGCAGCCUGACCAGUCUGAGCCAGCAGAGUCCCGAGGAGGCUGGUGGCAGGAGCCUGCCCUCGGACUGCACCCAGCGCGUUCCCAAUGGAGAUUCCGGCACACAUCACAUCUCAGGAGAAGCCGGGCACAUGGCACUGGGAAACGGGAAAAGCGGAGAGGCCACAUGGAGUGAGAGCACAGGUGUGAGGGCUGACGUCAGGAGGCAGUGGAACCACGGCAAGGUGCCGUAUAACACGGAGCAGCCGAGGAAACAGCAGCGAUCAGACCUGAAUGCACCCGUGGAGAAUAAUAACGUGCUGGAGCAAACAAAGAAACCAGCCUCUUUCCCCAACUUUGUGGAUGGUAAGUUUCCAGGGCCUUGUGAACCAGAGGAUCUGAUUGACGGUAUCAUCUUUGCUGCCAACUAUCUGGGCUCCACCCAGCUGCUGUCUGAACGUAACCCAUCCAAAAAUAUCCGCAUGGUGCAGGCACAGGAGGCAGUGAGUCGCAUCAAGCGGCUGCAAAAGGCAGCGAAAACCAAGAAGAAAGCGGCCUCCGAAGGAGCCUUGCAGCCGAUGACUGAGGUGGAUCUCUUCAUUUCCACACAGAGGAUUAAAAUGCUGAACGCUGACUCCCAGGAGCCGAUGAUGGACCACGCACUUCGCACCAUCUCCUACAUCGCCGACAUCGGUAACAUUGUGGUGCUGAUGGCACGUCGGCGCAUGCCUCGCUCAGCCUCUCAGGACUGCAUUGAGACCACGCCAGGCGCGACGGAGGGCAAGAAGCAAUACAAGAUGAUAUGUCAUGUCUUCGAGUCAGAAGAUGCUCAGUUGAUUGCUCAAUCCAUCGGGCAGGCGUUCAGCGUUGCGUAUCAAGAGUUCCUGAGAGCGAACGGGAUCAAUCCCGAGGAUCUGAGUCAGAAGGAAUACAGCGACAUCAUCAACACCCAGGAGAUGUAUAACGAUGACCUCGUUCAUUUCUCCAACUCCGAGAACUGCAAAGAGCUACAAAUAGAGAAGCAGAAGGGGGAGAUGCUGGGGGUGGUGAUUGUGGAGUCAGGGUGGGGCUCCAUCCUCCCCACCGUCAUCCUCGCUAACAUGAUGAACGUUGGGCCGGCCGCUCGCUCCGGCAAACUCAGCAUCGGUGACCAGAUCAUGUCCAUCAAUGGUACCAGCCUGGUUGGCCUGCCCCUUGCCACCUGCCAAGGAAUAAUCAAGGGUGUGAGGAACCAGACACAACUGAAGCUGAAUAUCGUCAGCUGUCCGCCCGUCACCACGGUGCUGAUCAAGCGGCCAGAUCUCAAAUACCAGUUGGGCUUCAGCGUUCAGAAUGGCAUUAUCUGCAGCCUGAUGAGAGGCGGAAUAGCCGAGCGCGGAGGGGUGAGGGUUGGACACCGAAUCAUUGAGAUCAACGGCCAGAGUGUGGUGGCUACAGCCCACGAAAAGAUUGUCCAGGCCUUGUCUAACUCUGUGGGUGAGAUCCACAUGCGGACGAUGCCAGCGGCCAUGUUCAGGCUGCUGACUGGCCAGGACACCCCUCUGUACAUCUAACAGCCCGAGGGGAAGAUCUGAGCAACGGGAGGGAGUGGCCGGCAAGUGAAUGGUGGAUUCCGGUCAGUGGACCAGGUGCAAUAAAGAGGAGCGAGAGACUCCAGAAUUGGGAACGGCCGUCACACCAGGCACACACACCGAUGUACUGCAAGGGAACACAGAACACGCAGACAUCGCCUUCAAAAAUAUUUAAGACUUGACGUAUUUGAGCUGAAUCCUUGCCACAGCCAACAAGAGUGUCACAAACGAGGGUGUGUGCAGCUCCUGGAGUUUCCAGUGACUGAUGUGAUCAAUGUCCGUCCGGCAUUUAAUCAUGUGAACGUUUCUCUCGCAGUCAAUCACCGUCAGUAACUCUUGGUCUAGCGCUGAGACCAUCGCCAACACUGGGAUCACGGAGACAUUCCUAUGUUUUUUUUGUGUGUAUUUAUAGAAUUGACAAAUUGGCAACUAAUCCCAACGCUUCGUGUAACGGUUGGUUUUACGGAAAUAAGGCAGUGAAUUUCUGGCGUUUCUGAUGAUGGUGUUUCUGUGCUGAAUGUGCGUGUUGCCGGUGGUGAGUGAGUUGUGACUAGUUGUCAGUGUGUGUCACAGCCCAGUAGGGGUAAAGGCUAGUUUAAUGUUAGCCGGGGUGGGGGGUGGGGGGGGGCUCCAGGGCCUGCUGCGGUCUGGCUGCCUUGGGACGCUGUAACUCGCUUUUACUAUUGCAUGCAGCUACAGGUGCCAAUAAACUCUCUGAACACAA